UUCAGCUUCACAAGCAAAGGACCAAGCAAUACGAGAAAGGAUUCUACAGGCAGGGACAACGAUCCUGCAACAGAGGAACAUCAACAGCUCAACUCUUUUGAGAAUUUACUGAAUUCGACGAGACGAGCCCCUUCCUCGGAUUACUACAAUGAUGUUUACCACUUUUAACACGGAUUGCGAUUCUUCCUCCCGCUGUAGCACCGCUUCCCCCAGUAACAUCGAUAACAUUGGUUACUAUCCGUCGCCUGCCGGAUCACAAUCGAGCAUGGGCUCUCCAUUAAGUCAAUCUCAGGAUUUUACAGACCUCAGUGUCACCAGUGCUUCCUUCAUCCCAACUGUCACUGCUAUAUCUUCUUGCCCUGACUUGCGCUGGAUGGUACAGCCAGUGGUGUCUUCAGUGGCCCCUUCCAAUACCCGGGCACAUCCCUACAGUGCAAACUCCACUUCUGCCUACCAUACCCCAGGCCUGAUGAAGACUGCAGGAGCUAAGAGUUCUGGGAGAAGGAGCAAAAUUGAACAGCUUUCCCCAGAGGAAGAGGAAAAGAAAAGAGUGCGACGUGAACGCAACAAGCAGGCUGCAGCAAAGUGUCGCAACAGAAGACGAGAACUCACAGAUACUCUGCAAGCUGAAACUGAUGAUUUGGAGGAUGACAAGUCUGCUCUUCAGACAGAAAUUGCCAAUCUGCUGAAAGAGAAGGAAAGGUUGGAGUUUAUUCUGGCAGCUCACAAGCCCAUCUGUAAGAUUCCCUCAGACCUGCCAGAGGCCUUUCCUGAAGCUCCCGUUUCCUGCUCCCAUUCCAUCCUGCUUGAGCCAGUCGCCCAACCUCUGAGCACCCUCGCCGGGUCUUCCAGCACGACUGGGCCCUCCAUCGCCACUACCUCUUCCACUUCACUGUUCUCCAGCCCUAGCGUGGUCAGCGACAUGUCAACGGUCAAGAUGGCUGACCUGGACUGCUCCUUGGAGGAAUCGCUGGACUUGCUCGCCAAGAGCGAGCUGGAAACCGCGCGCUCUGUCCCCGACAUGGAUCUCGCCAGCUCCUUGUACACCCAGGACUGGGAGCCUCUCUACACCUCGGCCAACAACGACUUGGAGCCUCUGUGCACGCCGGUAGUCACUUGCACCCCUGCCUGCACCACAUACACGUCUUCCUUCACGUUUACCUAUCCCGAGAGUGAGGCUCUCCCCACCUGUGGACUGGCCCAUCGCAGGGGUAGUAGCAGCAAUGACCAGUCCUCCGAUUCUCUCAGCUCCCCCACCCUGCUGGCCUUGUAACAGCCCUCUACAACAUAAAUGUUUAUACAUCAUAAUGCUAAGUUGAUCACACGGCUAUGGAGAAGACGAACAACAAACAAACUUUAUAAAAUAUAUAUUGUAGUUACCCUAUUUAUCAUCCUCUCAGCCUCUUAAUUAUGUAGCAAGCUAAAGCAUGGUUUAACCAGUUCUACAUGAAUAUAGUUUGGUUAAAUUUGUAGUUCUACUAUUUUAUUGGUGCUAGAUAAUGGAGUUAUUUAGGUGCUGCUGACAAGUUCAGAGCAAUAGAUAUCAAGAGAUUUGUUACAUGUUGUAAGAAUGUGAGUGAAUUUGUUUCCACAAAAAUGUUUGUCUUACUAUGGUCUGAAUGGUCUCACUACAUGAGUUUUCUGUGAAAACGUUGUGUUUAAUUUAUGAAACUUAAAAGUUAUUUUUGUACUUGAUACUGAAAGCUUAAUUAAGCAAAGUUAAAUCUUGUCUGCAGAACUUGUGACAAUAAAUAUAUUUAAAAUGUAAA